UAGGAUUGGAAACGAGUUGUUAUUGUUCCUUGUCUGCAGUAAAUAAAUACAUACUUACUAAACUAAAUAGGCUACCCAUCUCUAAUUUUAUUAAAAUGUCUAAACUACAGAUGUUGUGUGUGUUUUUAAAUGAGCGUUUAACGACGGCUGCUGUGGAUAUUUUUGGUGCAGUUGAGAAAACGGUAGUGGAGUACCAGGAGGAGAAUGAUCGGCUACGGGGACUGCUGCGGAGGACACCGGUGAUACCGCUACGUCAAAUAGACUCCCUGCAGCCCUCUGUCUCUGAAGAGGAGGUUCCCCCUGAGCAGCAGCACUGUGAGCAGGAAUGGAGCCCCAGUCUGGGACAGAAGGACCCAGAGACCAAACAGAUUAAAGAGGAACAGGAGGAAGUCAGGACCAGUCAGGAGGAAGAGCAGCUUCAAGGGGUGGAGCCUGAUAUCAUAGAGUUCAUAUUUACUCCUCCUUGUGUGAAAAGUGAAUGUGAUCAGGAGGAACCACGUCAAGAUCCCAUACUUGCUGAACACCCAACUCUCCUGAAAAUGUCUAAACUACAGUCGUUUCAAGAGUUUUUAAAUGAGCGUUUAACGGCGUUUGCUGCUGUGGAGAUUUCCGGGGCAUUUGCUAAAAUGAUAGUGGAGUACCAAGAGGAGAAUGAUCGGCUACGGAGACUGCUGCGGAGGACACCAGAGAUACAACUAUGUAGAAUAGACUCCCUGCAGCUCUCUGUCUCUGAAGAGGAGGUUCCCCCUGAGCAGCAGCACUGUGAGCAGGAGUGGAGCCCCAGUCUGGGGCAGGAGGACCCAGAGACCAAACAGAUUAAAGAGGAACAGGAGGAAGUCAGGACCAGUCAGGAGGAAGAGCAGCUUCAAGGGGUGGAGCCUGAUAUCAUAGGGUUCAUUUUCUCUCCUUCCUGUGUGAAAAGUGAAUGUGAUCAGGAGGACCAAACCCAGACUGUGGAGAACAGAGAGAGAGACUCUAAACUAGUGGAUCUCAAACCUUCUGGCACUGUGACCCACCUAAAGGGUCUCUACAUUCCCUGUGACCCUCCAGAUAAUCAAAACAAUGCCUCCAGCCGCAGCUCAGCCGUAAGCAGCGACGCAGUAGGACUUGACAACAGUCCACCAUUGGAGCCCAGCCCAACAUUGGGGGAACACUGUUCCAAUCCCAGCACCAUGCCUAGAAAAACUCACAGCUGCCGUGACUGUGGUGAAACAUUUGCUCUGAAAGCUGAUCUGCAGAGACAUUUGACUCUCACCAAGAAGAGACCCAGUGAAUGUCGAUUCUGCAAGAAACGCUACAACUCCACCUGUAAACUGAAGGCCCAUGUCCGACUCUGUCACAGUGGGAAACCCUGUGUCUGCCCUGUUUGUGGAAAGAUCUUCAAACAAAAAGGGCAUCUGUCCAGGCACAUGAGGAUUCACACAGGAGAGAAACCAUUCAGUUGUGGUGACUGUGGGAAAAGCUUCCGUCUGAAGGGGCAUCUAACCAGGCACAAACUGAUUCACACAGGGGAGAAUCCAUUUAGCUGUGGUGAUUGUGGGAAAAGAUUCAGUCUCAAGCAGCAUCUAACCAGGCACAAACUGAUUCACACAGGAGAGAAACCUUUUAGCUGUGGCGACUGCGGGAAAAGCUUCAAUCUCAAGAAGACACUAACUGAACAUAUACGGACUCACACAGGAGAGAAACCUUUUAGCUGUGGUGACUGUGGGAAAAGCUUCAGUGUCAAGAAGACACUAAUUGAACAUAUACGGACUCACACAGGAGAGAAACCAUAUAGCUGUGGUGACUGUGGGAAAAGCUUCAGUGUCAAUAGGAACCUAACUAAGCACAAACUGACUCACACAGGAGAGAAACAACAUGGCUGCUCAGUCUGUGGUAAAAGAUUCAUUCAGAAGACUAAUCUGCUGAGGCAUGUCAAAAACAACCACAAAGAAUGAAAACAAGACAAAGGAACAAAGAAAGUAAAUGAGGACAUAGACGCAGAGAGUGGACUAAGAGAGUAUUGAGAUACACCCAAGAUCCCCUGUGGACCAACUGAGGACAUAGACACAGAGAGGGGACUAAGAGAGUAUUGAGAUACACCCAAGAUCCCCUGUGGACCAACUCUAACUGGUUCUCCUGAUCCUGCUCAGUCCAAUGUCACAGUAUUAUAUAAUGGGACUGUUGUCUGAACCUAACAGGUAAUGUUGCUACUCUUUGUGUAGGAAAUGGACAAUCUGCAGUUCAGACAACCACCAGUUUUUAGGUGAACAACUGAGGGAUGGUGUUGGAGAGUUGUAAAAACACUCAAAUUCAUAGACUGAUAUCAAAUUUGCCUGUUGCUACGUUGUUCCUUAAAGGAACCAUCAGAGGUGUCCACUACAAUGCAAGAUUUAGUUAGCUAGAUAUUUAGUCAGCUAGAGAUUUAGUCAGCUAGAGAUUUAGUCAGCUAGAGAUUUAGUUAUCUAGAGAUUUAGUCAGCUAGAGAUUUAGUCAGCUAGAGAUUUAGUCAGCUAGAGAUUUAGUCAGCUAGAGAUUUAGUUAUCUAGAGAUUUAGUCAGCUAGAGAUUUAGUAAGCUAGAGAUUUAGUUAGCUAGAGAUUUAGUCAGCUAGAGAUUUAGUCAGCUAGAGAUUUAGUCAGCUAGAGAUUUAGUUAGCUAGAGAUUUAGUAAGCUAGAGAUUUAGUUAGCUAGAGAUUUAGUCAGCUAGAGAUUUAGUCAGCUAGAGAUUUAGUUAUCUAGAGAUUUAGUCAGCUAGAGAUUUAGUCAUCUAGAGAUUUAGUCAGCUAGAGAUUUAGUCAGCUAGAGAUUUAGUUAUCUAGAGAUUUAGUUAUCUAGAGAUUUAGUCAGGUAGAGAUUUAGUCAGCUAGAGAUUUAGUUAUCUAGAGAUUUAGUCAGCUAGUUAACUAAAUAAACUUUAUAUGGAGAAAGAGAUAAACACCAAAUGGGCGUGGUCUAAUUGACUCAACGACCAAACAACAUACGUAAGUGUAGAUUUCUUAAUGAACCAGAGGAUCUCUAGGUAUUUCUGGUUGAUUGUCAAAGUGAUCUGUUUCAUUGACCCCCCCCUCCCCCUCUGCAGUUCAAAUAAGAACAAAGUGGGAAACCUGCCACUGUUUUGGUAAACAACUGAGGGAACGGGUUGGAGAAAUGUAAAUAUUCAGACACAUCUUUGGAUGCCAUGAGAUCAAAAUAAUAGUUUUAACCAUAUUAUGUGGCUAUGCAGUGUUUGGUUGACAUUUUAGGUUCAUAUGUUUUGUGUUCUGAUGGGGGUAUGACUGUCCAAAGUCCAAAAUUCGAUGUACCAAUCACAGAUUGCCCCUUAAAACCCCCUAGAGUUGAUUGACGCACCCAUGACGUCACAGGGCGACGUCGUUUUGAAUACAGAAUAUCUCCCUGUGUAUUUAUUAUCGCUGCUCCCCUCUUUCCGGCGACAUGAAGUGUGCAGCUAUUCAAUAACACGGGGCUCGUGAAAGAGGCCUUUUUCUACACGGGAGAAGCUCUGGACAAGAAAAUAUUCACAGAAUCAUGUGUUAAUCCCAAACCGUGAUGUCUGAACCUAUGAUGAAAACUAAUGUCACCCAUGUCGAAAGGAGAGACUUUGUUUGGCUCUAUGACAUCUACAAGUUUAAGUGCCCUCUGAACUCUGUCACGGACUACGUCAUUUCCAAGAGGUGUCACAAAAACCGACCGACCAAACUGUUGGUGCUACAAACAAGUCUCACCAAUAUUCAGUAAAGUACUUCAAAGUAUUAA